UCUCUGCUAUCUCACUGCACAGGAUUCCAAGGCUCGAGUCUUAAACAUUCAGAAACCAUGGAUUAUCCCAUUGGAGAAGCAUCUAUGACCAUUAACAGAUUUAGGUGGCGGUUAAUAGACAUCUUUGAAGAUGAUGCAAAUAGUUUGUUGGACGAGCUCAGCUCCCUGUAUCUGAUAUCUCUUGAAGAAUACAUUAAUCUGACUGUAGCUGAAAGCCCGGUAGUGAAGAUGGAGAAUGUAUUGAACCUCAUACUUGAGAAAGGAGAACAGGCCUGCGAGAAAUUCCUCAAACACCUGGAGAACAUGAUACCCAGAUUUCCAAAGUUACAUUGUUUUUCAGGACGCUUUCCAGAAAGUGAACAAAAUAAAAAAAUUGAGGAACUCCUAGUGCAGUUAGGAAUGGAAAACAUUGUACAUUCCAAGCUCACACUGAAGAGUAUUCUGAAUAUCGAGAAGGAGAAUUGUAAGGACAUUAAUCCUCAAUGUACACAGGAUAUUCCUUUAAAUUUCUUAAAGAAACUCCUGGCUCUCAACAGAACUGCCAGAAACACUCACUGUGAUAAACAUCCGUGUAAUGCGGGAUCAACUGAACAUAACAGCUUAGAUACAAUCAUGUUUAAGAUUUUUGAUACUAAUGGUGAAAAAGAUGACUCUUCAUCUCUCAAUCCCUUGGAUGUUCUCUGUGUUCUGAUGCAUUGUUCUGAUCAUUUUUUACAACAGGAAAUUGUGUCAAAAAUGUCCAUGUGUCAGUUUGCUGUCCCUUUGCUGCUCCCUUCUGGUGGUGCAUCAUGUUGCAUCUUUAUGUUAUGGGCGAUGAGAGAUAUUGUGAAGAGAUGGAGACCUCAGUCAUUAGCAGAUUGUAAAGGGUUUAUGGAAGAAAAUGUGGUGAACAUCCCCAUGCCGACCUUCUCUUUUGUUAGACUGGGUAAAGCCAAACUAUCUAAAUCAAAAAUCCUGAAUCAGGUUCUAAGCCCAGCUCAGCAGAACCAAGACUUCUUCAUUCAUGACAACAUGCAAGGAGGUAAUACAGAAAGAAAGCUAUCUGAAGGACUAGUGGAAAUGUCCUGGUAUUUUCCUUCUGGAAGUGAAAGUUCUGACAUUUUCCCAGAGCCGAUCGCAGUGACCAACCUGCGAGGAGACCUGGAGUCUAACUGGACACAGUUCACCUUCUUAACCCGGGUCUCAUCAGCUGUGUUUAUAUUUACUGAGAGCAUCGGGGAGAGAGAAUUCAGACUGUUAUCAAACUGUAAUAGCAAAGACACAAAGUAUUAUUUCAUUAUCACCCCCAGCCCCGGGAAAGAUGUAAGCAAGGAGACACGUGAGAAUGUGCAAAAGUUAAUAUCGGUGCUUAAGCUCGAUGUAAUCAAUAUAAUAUUAAAGAAAAACACAGACAAUGAUACAGCUCUGAUGAAAAGAAUUCUGUCAUGUAUUAAUUUUUCCUUAAUAAACAAUCCCAAAAGAACAACAAUGCAAAAUAUGGAGAAACAGACCAACAGACUUGGUAUCUAUGUGGAUGAAAACUCUGAGGAAUGUCAAAAAGCCAGGGAACAUGUAUUGGAAAUAACUGAAGAAAUAAAAGAUGUGAUUUUAUAUAAGAAAAAAACAAUGAGUUUGCAGGGAGAUCUGUGGAAACAAGUGUCUAAAAUAGAAAAGGAAAUGUGCAGAAUGAAAAACCAAGGAGCAAUGGAUACUCAAGAAUAUCAGAGUGAGCUCAUAGGCCAACGCAUUUCACUGCAUGAGAAGCAACAUGCUCAUGAAUUACCCAAAGGAAUAAUGUUGUUUAUUAAUGCUAUUGUUUAUUUGUCACAGACAGAAAAACAUUAUUUUUUGAAAUGGCUUAAAUUCGAACUUGAUUCCAUAGCUCGGAAUAAUCUGUCAACUUUGCAGGCAGAAUAUAAAGAGAAAUGUAAUAACCCGCAAAAAAAUAAGGAGGAACUAAAAUAUUUAGAUAAAAAAAUAUCUGACAGCUCACUCGGAAUUGAACAUUUCCUGCGUGAAAUGGGACAAUUUUAUGAAGCAGAAUAUUCUUUGUACAGUGGGAAAAAAUAUCAGGACGACAAAAGGCAGUUUACCAAGCUCCCUAUAAUAGCUGCUGACCUCUUGUGGGGUGGUUUCCCAUUAGAGUUGGUUGAUGGAGAUGCCUCCAACAUCCCCUUGCAGUGGAUAACUGAUGUCUUGACUGAGCUGAACAUCAAGACAGGAGGACGAUGCAGAAUGAGAGUGAUCACUGUGCUGGGAGUUCAGAGUACGGGGAAAUCCACCCUUCUGAACACCAUGUUUGGGUUGCAGUUCCCGGUGGCCAGUGGACGUUGCACACGAGGGGCCUUCAUGACACUUAUUAAAGUAGAAGAGGACUUCCAGGAGGAGCUGGGCUGUAGCUUUAUUCUGGUGAUUGAUACGGAAGGUCUGAAAGCUCCUGAAUUGGCUUCUCUGGAGGACAGUUAUGAACAUGACAAUGAGCUGGCAACGCUAGUGAUUGGGCUGAGUGAUAUCACAAUAAUUAACAUGGCCAUGGAAAAUACAACUGAAAUGAAAGAUAUCUUGCAGAUUGUUAUCCAUGCAUUUCUUAGAAUGAAAGAAAUAGGAAAAAAAAACAAAUGUCAGUUUGUCCAUCAGAAUGUGAGUGAUGUGUCCGCUCAUGGAAAGAAUGCAAGAGACCGAAAGAAACUCCUGGAACAGUUGGAUGAAAUGACUAAUAUUGCAGCAAAUAUGGAAACAAAAUAUGCAAUAACCACUUUUAGUGAUGUGAUGGACUAUGACAUAGAGAAAGACAACUGGUACAUUCCUGGCUUAUGGCAUGGAGUCCCACCAAUGGCUCCAGUAAACUCGGGGUACAGUGAAAAUGCUUCUGCAUUAAAAAAAUAUUUGGUGGAAUUUUUAAAGACAUGUAAAUCUGAAAACAAACCGCUGAACAUUGAAGAAUUUAUCACAUGGACAAAAAGUUUGUGGAAUGCAGUGAAACAUGAAAAGUUUAUAUUCAGUUUCAGAAACAGUCUGGUGGCUGAAGCGUAUAAUAAAUUGACUAUUCAAUUCUCCCAGUGGGAAUGGGACUUUACCAAAGCCGUGCACAGCUGGGUGAUUAACACUGAGACACUGAUCAGAAAUCAAUCAGCUGAUAAAUUAGAUGCCACAACAAUUUCCAGAUACAAGGACAAGCUAAACAAGGUUCUGUGUGAGGAAGAAAGGAAAAUGACAGAGUUGCUCAGAAAAUAUUUUGAGAAUAAUUUAGAAAAUGCACAUCUUAUUGAAAAAUACAGAGAAGACUUUUUAAUGAGCACAACAUUUCUGAAAAAGGAUCUUGAAAGAAAUGCUCUUAGCAAGUUUAAUGAGGCUGUUCAUAUCCAGAAAGGGAAGUUUGAGAUUCAGGGUAUCCAGAACAAAUAUCAGAAAAUAAUCAAAGAAAAAGUUAUUGAUCUUCUGAAGACAUGCAGAACGCGAAAUCAUCAGCUCAGUGUCUCAGAAAUAGAAGAAGAGUUUGAGGGCAUGUGGAAGAAGACAAUCUCAGAUUUACAGAUUGAGUCUUUAAAAAGACGUAAUAUAAGUCAGGCUAUGCUUUACCAACUGCGCCAUAAUGUAAGCAACAAAGGAUCUGAAAUAAACAAAGCAUUUCUAAAUGUAAAAAACUUAUUUGAAUAUGGAGAUAUACAAUUUGUCAUGGAGACAUUUUAUAUUGAUCACAAUUUCUUUUCACUGAAACGCAACAUGUUUUAUACCAGCCAAGAACAUUAUGAUCAGGUAUCAGAACUCGCUGAAUCAUUGUUUGAGAUGUGUGAUCGAUAUGUUACAGAGAAAGUCAACACAGCAUUGGACUAUGAUGACACUUACUGUCAGGAACUAUUACGUCUGAUUGAUGGACAACUGGAGAAUAAGCAUUCUAAAAAGAUUCACUGUUCCUCAAUGUUUAAGCUAGAUAUGAAACUUUUCAUAUUUGGAAGAGCUGCUCAGAGGUUUCAACAGAUGCAUGACGAUUUUUUCCAAGACAAUGACACAAUUACCUGUCUAGACAAGUUAAAACCUCAGUAUCUUGCAAUGUUUCAAAGCAUUUACCAAGAGAAAGACCAAAGUAAACUGAGAGCUAAAGACUUUUGUGAUCUCUGCCUGAAACCAGCUUUAACUGAAUACAUUUACAAACAUCUUGGUCAAGAAAUAGUGGAUGAUGUUUUAGGUAGUUCAGACAAUGUCAUAUUCAAAAGUCGAUCCUUCUUUCAAGCUCGGGUAUUGGAAAGUUUGUUAAAGAAUGGAAAGUUUAGUGAUUUUGUAGAAUACAUUAAUUCAUACAGGAAGUUUCUGAAAAACUGGAUAUUCAAACACAUUUUAGGUAAAUACAUGGGUUCUUCACAGUUAGAAACUUUACAAAAAAACAUCUUGUUAAAGAUUGUUAAAAAAAUCAAAGAUGUUCUUAUUAAAAAAAAGUGUUUGAACAGUGCCAAUAUCACAAUCCUUUUAGAAAACAUUUGUAAAGAAUUAAAAAAUGAAUUAGUGAUUUCACAGAAUCAAAUGCAUUUGAUUGUUUUUGGGAACAUUGUAAAUGUUUCGCAAUUUUCUUCUGACAUUCAGGAUUUUCUAUCAGAAACAAAAAAUCAAAUCCUAACAGAAGUGAAAAGUUUGAGAGCUGAGUCCAUUCUUUCCAAAGUCAAGUUGAAGCCAGAGGAUGAAUUGCUGAAGAAGGUUAUCGGAUGUGAGAAGCAGUGUCCGUUCUGUAAAGUCCCCUGUGAGGCCGGAGGAAGUGAUCACACAGAUCACUUUGCAUCAAUUCACAGACCUAUGGGCUUGGGAACAUAUAGAUUUUUACAUAGUGAGGUUUUAUGCACAGACAUAUGCUCUACUAGUGUUGUGUCCAAUGGGCCAUUUAGAAAUGAAGAUACAGAUUGGAAAGAUCAUCCCUUCAAGGAAUAUCGCACAUUUUAUCCAGACUGGUCCAUCCAACCUGACUCCAGCAUUCAGUCCUCUGAUUACUGGAAAUACAUUUUUGUGAAGUUUAAUGAUCAGUUUGCAGUGGAAUAUAAAGCCAAACCGGCUAAACUGCCAGAUGUAUGGAAACAGAUAGACAUAGAACAAGCUCUUGGAAGCCUGAAGGAAGUGUUUAAUAUGAAAUGAU